GGUUUGGUGUCCCAUAUGAAGUUAAAGCAGGCUUCAUUGGAAAGAUCACACUUCAUAUCCCUUUUUACCGGCCUCAUAGUGAGCCAUGGGCCAUUUCCAUGUCACAACUCAACCUCAUCAUUGGCCCUGCACAGCUUCAGGAAUAUGAUGCAGAGAAACAGGACGAAGAGGAGAGGGAGCGGAAGAAACGUCUUCUUAAAGCUCUUGAAGACAGAUGGAAAAGUCAGGGUGAACAGCGAGGCGAGUCGUACUGGUACUCUGUUACUGCCUCAUUGGUCACCAGGAUUGUGGAAAACAUUGAGCUGAAAAUUCAAGACGUACAUCUCCGGUUUGAGGAUGAUUUCUCCAACCCAGAGAAGCCGUUUUCUUUCGGCGUUUGCAUUGGGAAGGUUUCUGCUCAGAACCCCAACAAUGAAUCAGUCCAGAAGCUUCUCCGACAGAAACAAAUUGAGAUUGAAAGCUUCAGCGUGUACUGGGACACCGUGUGUGAAAUAGUAGGAAGCCUCCCUGCACAUCUAAUUCAGGACACAAUGACUCAGUCUAUGCAGAGCCCCCAUCAAUACAUCUUUGAGCCAGUAAGUGCCUCUCUGUCACUUAGAAGAAAUACCUCCAAGGAGCCACUGAGAUCCCGACAUACCCCUCGAAUAGAAUGCCAAGUUCAGCUGGACCCAAUGUCUUUCCGUCUUUCUCAGGUCCAGUACCAGCAGAUCAUGGCAUUCCUAAAAGAGCUUGACCGGCGAGAAAGAGAGAUGCGUUAUAGAAAAUGGAGACCAAAAGUCAGAGUUUUAGGGAAUUGUCGACAGUGGUGGAUGUUUGCUAUUCAGGCCAAUCUCAGCGAUAUCAGGGAGCAGCGACAAAGAAGCAGUUGGGACUUCGCUCUUCAUCGGGCACGUGAUGCCCAGUUGUAUACCAGGCUCUACUUUAGAAAGCUGAAGGAAGGCAUUCUGAGCCCUCAGGAAGAGCAUGAUCUGGAGCGUGUGGAAGACGAGCAGACGUUAGAGGAGCUACAGAUUCUAAGAGAAAUCGUCUACAACUUGUUUCGACAACAGGAAGACAUUGUAGAUAGUGUCAGAGAGCCCAGUGGUGAUUGUAAACCAAAUUCACCCACCACAUCCAUUCCUAAAAGUGAGAGCUCUGGGAUGAUCCAGUACCUUCAGUCUUGGUUUCCUGGCUGGGGGGGCUGGUACGCAGAUUCACAGGGCCCGGAAAGUGGCCCUGAGGUGCUUCUGCCAAGUCCGUCCUCCUGGGAUAUACUGGCAGAGACUGAAGAUUUGUUUGACCCGCUGGAGGACUCGCACGGUCUGAACACCUUCACCAAGCGAGAUCACCUGUUUGCCCGCUUGGAGUUCUUCCUGCAAAAGAGCGAAGUAACCCUCUACCACCAGUACAAGCCAGAAGACGCACUGCAUGAAAGUGGGGUGAUUCAGCUGGAGUUCUUAGGGAUGAAGGUGAUUUUGGAGUCUCUCCCUCGCUCAGAUUCCUCCUUACUAUUGGUUAAGCUAGGUGGUUUGUUCCUGAGAGACUUGACCACUCAAAGCACCAUCUUCCCUGUUCUUGUGUCUCCUAAAACGGAAAAGAACAACUUUGCCUUCAAUCAGACAUCUGGGCAGUCCAGUUCAGGAUGCAGUGUGGAAUGCUCAGAUUCUCCUGUUUUUGACAUGAUUUAUGAGCGUAAUCCUGUCAGGAGUAAGUUUGAGAGAAGACUUGAAAUGACGACUACUCCCUUGAACAUCAUUUACAGCCCACAAGCAAUCAAAAAAGUGACAGAGUUUUUCUAUAAAGGGAAAGUGCACACCUCAGGAUUUGGAUAUCAGUCUGUUUUAGAGCUCCAUGUGGCAGAGGCUGCCCGGAGGCAGUACAAUAAGCUGAAGAUGCAGACCAAGGCCGAGAUCAGACAGACCAUUGACCAGCUGCUCGUGGGAGAGUUUAUCGAAAAUGGUAAACGUUGGACAGUGAAAUUGGAUAUCUGCGCUCCCCAGUUGAUUUUCCCAGAUGACUUUCAGUCAGGAGACCCGAUGCUCGUUGUUGUUGAUUUGGGGAGGAUUCUCCUCACAAACUCACAAGAUGACACUAAAGCUGACUCUGAAGCAGCUGGCCGUGAAGGUGAAGAGAUAUCUGAUGAUGAGUACCGGACACCUCUUGCCACCCCACCAGGCUCUCCACCUCCUGAACGAGACGUGUCUUUGACAGAAAGUGCCAGCGGUGGUGAACUCGCCAAGCCUAGAUCCGGCGAAAGUACACAAAUAUACAGCAGAAAACUUUAUGAAAAAUACUCCUUGUCCUUUAAGGAUUUGCAGAUAAUGGUUGGACAUUUUCAAGACAACUGGAAACAUCUUCAAGAGAGUGAGGUAGGGCCGACCCAUGUAGUGGAGAAGUUUAAUGUACUUUUGCAGCUUGAGAAGAGACUGCGAUACACAUCGGAUCCCCAGCUUCCUGGGGCUGUGCUGUCAGGAACCUUACCAGACUUAAAGGUACACAUCAACCUGGAAAAGAUGACUGCCAUUCGGAGUUGUCUUGUUAGAUUAAGCAGUUCAGCUACAGGCGAGGAGGACAAAAGCCAGAAGACAGAUGAAACUAUGAGGACCCCUGACCCUCCUACUCUUCGCCAUGGCAACAUAUUUCAAAAGGAAGACAGUUCAUGGAAGCUUCAGUCUUCAGCCAAAAACUUGACCCAGAGUGUGAUGACUUUAGAACAGCACACACGUGAAGUCCUAGUGGAAUCUCGUCUCCUCUUAGCUGAAUUCAACAUCAACUACAUGCAGCUUGGCAUAGAGAGUGAUGGUCGGUAUAUAUCUGUUUUCAAGGUAUUUGGCACAAAUGCUACUUUUGUCAAGCGGCCUUAUGAUGCUGAAGUCUCACUGACUGUCCACGGUCUUCUGCUUGUGGAUACACUACAGACCUAUGGCCCAGACUUUGACCUCCUACUUGCUUCUCACAAGCAUCUCAGUUUUGAUGUCCCCACAGGCAGUCUCAGAGAGAGUCAUCACUCGACCUCUGUAUUGUCAGGUGCAGAGUCUAAAGAGCAUCACAGCUCUCAUUCUAACUCAUCAGAUAUGCCAGUGUGCCAACACUCUCCCUCCAGUUUGUUUAUUAAAGACCAAGAAGCUCUAAUUAAGCUUGAUUACCAGUUUGUGAGCCCAGAUUGCCCCUCUAUGAACCUGGAAAGUACCCUUCAGGUGACAAGCAUACAGGUUAACAACCUGGACAUCAUUCUCAACCCUGAGACCAUGGUGGAGUUACUGAAGUUUCUCCAGAACUCUGUCCCCAAAGAAGAAAUUGUUUGGACAUCAUCACAAGUUACAAAACAGCUUGAAAAUGAGGAAGGUAAAGGGACAGACCAAGUCACCGUUUCCCAAAAUAAACGCCUAAAUGUUGAGAUCCACCGCCUUAACCUGCUCCUUCUUCGGACUGUCUCUACUGGCAAUUUACUUGGUGCAGAGAAGAAAGGGUUAAAAAUUGCCACUGCCAGCAUCAUGGGUACAAAGGUCAAUGUGUCAAUGGGCAGUCGGUUGAACAUCAGUGGUUCACUUGGGUCCAUGCACUUGGUGGACCUAACUCAUGAAGGAGGACGUAGCCAAUUCGUUGUCAGUAUUGGCAGUGUACAGGACAGCCCUUCAACUCUUCCUGCGUUAUCCUCCAGUGCUGACACCAGAGAUUCUCCCUCAGAAGCUUUAAAUUUUUACCUUUUGGAGAAGUCUCAUGGGGAGUGUUCCUUGCAACUUCUAAUGGCGUCCUUACAUUAUAACCACUCAGCAAAGUUUCUGAAGGAGCUGAGUCUGUCUGCCAACGAGGUAGAAGAUAAUUUCCGUUCCAUGCUGAAAAGUGCUGCUACCAAAGUGUCAACAGUGCUGGCCACAAAGACAGCAGAGUACAGCGGCAUGGUUUCUCUCUUUGAGACUCCCACACGGAGGACUCGAUCUCAUAGUCAGAGCUGGGCAUUUAAUGAUGCUGAGAGUGUUUCCACAGAGGGACUGGACUCUACCUUAGAUACAUUUUUGGUGAAGCUGACUCUUGACAUCAGCAUUGAAUCUCCAGUUGUGUCUGUACCACGUAAGCCUGGACACUCUGAGCUUUUGGUUGGUCACUUAGGCAGCAUAAAAAUCCAGAAUUUUGACACUGGGCAAGAGUCAGGCGGCAGUCGAUUGCAGGUGUUUGUGAAAGAUAUUCGACUGUAUUCACUCAAUAUGAGCGAUCUGGUUUUGAAGAAAACACCUGGACCUGAGAACGCGUCAAGAGCCAGCAUGUCUUCAUCUUGCAGUGGGAGCAUUAGUCAGUACGAACCACAGUUUACACGCCGUGACUUCUUUGAAUCUCUCAGCCGGGGAAAAGCCUUCCAUAUAUUGAAAGACACAACCAUUCAGUUCACAAUAGAGAAAGUUCCUGUUGAUGACAACGCUCAGCUUAAUUGUCUCACCACCGAGGAGCCCUGCAGGAGUGAAGGACUGAUGAAAAUUGAGGGAAAGUUUGUCAAUCCUGUUCAGGUGUUCCUGUGCAAGCCUGUGUAUGAACAAGUCUUCCAAACACUGGACAAUUUGUCCAUGAUUGAGGAGCAUCAUAUUACAGCGAGCCAACCCCCCACACCCCCACAACCCACUCCAUCUUCAGCCAGACUUCCAUGCUUUUCUGAUUCUCAAGGAAUACUAUUUGCAAGGGACCUUCCAAAUAUCAGUUCCUUAUCCUCUUCAGUCACUUGUCCCUUGAUACCAGAGUCUCAAAAUCCCCAUUUUGAAUUGCUCUCAUUCACUCAGCUAGAUGUUACAUUUCAUGUGACAGAAUUGCAAGUCCAACUUAGUGCUGAUCUUACCCAGGGCUCCCAAGAUUUGGUCAGUUUGCGUUUCCAAGAUCUGGAGGGACACUUUGUCAAAGACCACCCUCAUUUGCUUUCAAUUGAGGUUGCUCUUCAAUCUCUGCUCAUGGAGGACCUGUUAGAACAGAACCCUGAGUCCAAGCACAAACAUUUGAUGAUGUCCCGUGGCACGCCUAAAGUCUCUGACUUCAGUCGAAAGGAAUAUCUUUCCCAAAGUUGCCCAUCGACAUCCAAUGUCCUGUAUCCAGAUAUGCCCCGUUCACUUCCUGCCCACAUGGAGGAAGCCCAGAAUGUUUUCCAGCUGUACCGAAGGAAUGCUAACAAUCCAUCAACCAACACUUGCAAACACAACAGGGAUGUAGACUGUCCCAGCACUCCGCCACCUUCACCAACUAACAGUGGACCUCCACCACAGCCAUUGCCAGGAUUUGAUGACUCCUUGGUUCAUAUUAAUGUACUGCUUGUGGAUCAGAAUCACCCAGAGUUCAAAACACGUUAUGACAGUGUGAGACGGAAUGUGGAUGUUGACUUUAACUGUCUUGAUGUUUUGAUCACACUACAAACCUGGGUAGUUAUCCUCGACUUUUUUGGCAUUGGCUCUUCUGCGAGAAAUCAUGCAGUGAAGGUGACAACUGCAUCACAUCAAAAUGUGCCAGGACAUCCUUUGUUUGAGUCAGACACCAGAGAAGAAAAAGCCAAUGAGGCAAUCAAUUCCAGACUGGACCUCAAGGUUCAUUCUCUCUCUCUGGUUCUGAACAAAAAAGACAACGAGCUUGCCAGAGCGAACGUUUCCAAAUUGUCUGCUCAUCUGGAAAUGUUAGAGGGUGACUUAGCAUUGCAGGGGAGUUUAGGAAGUUUGUCACUGAGUGACUUAACUCCACAUGGGGUUCUUUAUCGAGAGCGCUUCACCACACAAGGACGGGAGGCCCUGAUUUUCAACAUCUAUAAGUACGGCCAGCCUGAUCCUUAUCUGGAGAGGGAGUGUGACAUUAAAGUGUCUCUGCAGAUGGCCUCAGUACGGUAUGUUCACACCCAGCGCUUCCAGGCAGAGCUGGUGGACUUCAUCCAGCACUUCACCCAGCUGCAGGAUGUCCUUGGCAGGCAGAGAGCUGCAGUGGAGGGUCAAGCUGUGCAGCAGCAUCUCCAGCAGCUGACCCGAGUUCUGCUUGAUAUUGAGGCUGGCGCUCCAGUUCUCCUUGUCCCUGAAAGCUCCCGUUCACCAAUGGUCAUUGUUGCCAAUCUCGGCCAGCUUAAAGUUCACAACUGCUUUCUGCCCAAAGUUUGUUGUGGGUUGUUUUCCUCGCAUGACAAGGACUCUGCAGGCAGGAGUAGUGAACAGGAAGCCACAACCUCCUCUUCCAGCUUCUCAUGUUUGGUCCUUGGCACACCACAGUUUUCAGACAUGCAGAGAAGGAGUGAAGAAUCUGGAUCUCAGACCUCAGAAGCCCACGUGUGCCUUUUGGACUGCAUUGAUCUGGAACUCCAGGAGAUGGAUAUCUUUGCUGCAGAAUGUCUACCAGCUUCCCUCUGGGACAGUGGUGGUCACCCUCCUGACUCCUCAGACCUCAUCUUCCCCUCGUACUCCGUCUGUCGCACUGGAGACAACCUUUUGAAGGAUUGCUGCCGCCUCCAUCUUAAAGUGGAACGCAACUUGGACAAAGAGCUGAGCCAUGCAGUGCCGGACAUGUCUGUCCACGGCAGCCUGUCCUCCAUCCAUUGCUCUUUGAAUGUGAAGCAUUAUCAGCUGAUCAGAGGGCUCCUGGAGAAGAAUCUGGGUGAGACUACAGAGGAAUUCCUCCGUCCCUAUAACCUGCAGGACCCUCGCACCUACACCGUUUUGAGUGGAGAUGUGUACACCAACAUGUCCUUCCUGGUGGAGAUGAUGGAUGUCAGUCUUGAGCUUUUAAGCAGUCCCACACCCAAUGAUGAGCACAUGAAGUCACUAGCAAGGUUUGACUUCAUGAGAUCCCAGCUGCUCUAUGAGACCUUCUCCGAUGGCUCCAAAUUGGUCAACCUUGUGUCUCACUCUCUGCUGGCACAUGACACUCGAUUCACUGGACUCAGCAAAAGUGCUGAUGAUUGUGUGGCCAGACACAAUAUCUUUAACUGCAUCCUUCAGCCAUCCAAAACAGGCCUUAACCGUGCAAUGCUGCAGCUGGAACUGCAUUACAGAUCCACACGUGACUCCUCCUGCUUCACCGUGGUUGUCAACAAUCUGAGAGUUUUUCUCAUUUUUGACUGGCUGCAGCAGGUGCACGACUUCUUAAUGGUGCCUGUGGGAUCAGGUGGCCAUGAAGGCCAUCAGUGCUGGUCCUCUGACACCAACAGCAACUCGGGCUCUGCUAGUCGGACGUUCAUGCCAAAGACGGUCAAAACUGGUGUGGUCACGAAGCGAUCCACAGUCCCCGUUAGCCAGGAUCGCUGCCUGGAGGUCAAACUCAAUAUCACAGGUACAGAGUUUGUGGUUGUGGAGGACUCGUCCUGUCUGGACACCAACGCUGUGAUUCUGAAAGGCACCACUGUCCUCACCUACAAACCACGUCUGCUGGACAGACCCUUCUCUGGAAGUCUAGCUGGAAUAGAGGUGUUCUCCUGUCGGCUGGGCAAUGAGCAGGAGACAGCGCUGUCCAUCAUCGAUCCAGUGCAUGUCCAAGUGGAGCUGUGCGGGUGUCCAACGUACCAAAGCAGCUCCGGCCUGCUUGACGCCUUCAACAUGGAGGACUCUCCCACACUUUUGGAGAUCCAGUUCCCUGCACUGGACAUCCGUCUGUCCUAUAACGACAUUCAGCUCUUUUUGGCCAUUGCGAAGUCCAUCCCUACUGCCAGCCCUCCACCAAGCUGUGACUUUGAUGCCACAUCUGUAGUAAACAUGUCUGCAUCAUCCACAGCAGAGGGCCUGGGAAGUCUGCUUGAUCUUGGAUUUCGGAAAGAGGACUGCAAAAGAGCACUGGUCUACUGUAAAGGCCAUCUAGACCAGGCAGCUACGUGGCUGCUGGAGAAUGCUGAGACUGCACUGGGCCAUCCCAGAGCUCGGGCUGAGUCUGGCUCCAGGAGUCAUUCAGCGCCUCUGUCGGGGGUGGAGCUGAAGGCUGAAAGUAUCUGCAUUUGCUUCAUCGAUGAUUGUCUUGACUGCGACAUACCACUGGCUGAGCUCACAUUCUCAAGACUGAAUGUGUUGCAGCGCAUUGGAUCAAACCCAGAAGGCAAUGCCAGCUUCAUACUCUCUGGAGACUACUAUAACCGAGAGCUGUCUGGCUGGGAGCCAGUCCUUGAACCCUGGCCUUGCUUCCUCUCUUGGCACCAGCAGGCAGCUGGCCGGCUCCACCCUCAACGUCUUAAAGUGGAAAUACGGGCCAAGCAGAGGUUGGAUGUCAACAUUACUUCAGUGUUGUUGGAACAUUACGACACCACCAAAAGUUCCUGGAUUGCAGACUACUGCAGGGAGGGACAGACUUCUCAAAUGUCAUCCACCCUGCCGUGGAUAGGCUCCUUAGUUGACCCGCCCAUCUUCAGACAGACAUAUACCCAGGUGUCUAAGAGGAGGCAGCCAUUUGUGCCAUACACACUGCGCAACCAAACAGGAUGUACACUGUGGUUUGCCACUCUGACCACAACCCCAACAAGGGUGGCGCUGUCCCAUAGUGCAGACUGCGUCUCUGAUGUCCACGGACCCGGAAAUGAUGAUACCCACAAAAUCAGUCAGUGGAGAGAGGUGAUGCCUGGGGAAGAUAUUCCUUUUAAAUUUGAAGCUCAAGAGAAACUUCGCCACAGACAUACUCAUGAGUUGAAGCUGCAUCAGCUGCUCGUUCGAGUUUGUGGAUGGGAGCAAAUCAAGCCCGUGUCUGUGGACAAAGUGGGCAUUUUCUUCCGUUAUGCAGCUCCAGACAGAAACAACUCUUCAAACACUGUCGGCAGCCCGAUUAGCAGGACCCACAUCAUUCACCCCCAUGUCUAUUUCUCAGCCUUGCCUCCAGUGAGGGUGGUGUUCUCCAUCACAAUGGAAGGCAGCGCCAGGAAGGUCAUCACUGUACGCUCAGCUCUCACAGUGAAGAACCAGCUUGACGUCCUGAUGGAAGUCCGGCUCGACAGCCCCUCUGCUCCAGACAAGCCAGUGGUGUUACCACCGAUCCUGCCCGGACAGGCAUUGGCCAUCCCUCUCCACUUGACAAUGUGGCGCCUCCAGGCUCGGCCCAAAGGUCUUGGUUUGUUCUUCUGUAAGGUUCCGAUCCAUUGGACCAGCAUCGAGCGGCCCGGUGAGAUCAGCAGCAGUAAAAGAGAGUGUCAGUCCGCAGACUUUGAUGACAACCUCAAACGCAGCUUCAGAUUCUGUGUGGUCAUCAAAAAGGAAAACUACCCAGAUCAGCAGCCUGCUAAGAAGCUUCCUGGAAGUUCAAACCAGAUCUAUCGACAGCCAGGCCACACGAUCUACCUGCUUCCCACCAUGGUGCUGGCCAACAUGCUGCCCUGUGACCUCAACUACUACAUCAAGGGAACCACCAUCGCCGGUGUUCUGAAGGCUGGAAAAGAGGCUGUACUUCAUGGUGUAGACACCUCCCAGAACAUGGAACUAGGAGUACUUCUGGAGAACUUCCCUUUGUGCAAAGAACUUCUGAUUCCUCCAGGAACCCAGAACUAUGUGGUGCGAAUGAGAAUGUAUGACACCAACAAGCGCCUUCUCUGUCUCACCAUUCGAAUCAUCCUGCAGGCACAUGGAGCACUGAAGAUCCUCAUUUCUUCCCCCUACUGGCUUAUCAACAAGACUGGUCUGCCAUUAAUCUUUCGGCAGGACAAUGGCAAAAGUAAUGCAGCGGGCCAGUUUGAGGAGCAUGAGUUAGCUCGAAGCCUGAGUCCACUGCUUUUCUGUUACACGGACAAAGAGCAACCAGCCAUGUGUACUAUGCGAAUCGGGAAGGGGAUCCACCCGGGCGGAGUACCAGGCUGGUGCCAAGGCUUCUCCCUAGAUGGAGGGAGUGGUGUCAGAGCAGUGAAAGUCAUCCAGCCUGGAAACAGGCCUGGUCUCAUCUACAAUAUAGGUAUCAGUGUGCAGAAAGGAAAAGGACGCUACAGAGACACUCAUAUUGUGGUGUUUGCCCCCCGUUACCUUUUGGACAAUCGUUCCACACACAAACUGGCAUUUGCUCAGAGAGAAUUUGCCAGAGGGAAGGGUACCACCAACCCAGAGGUGUACAUCUCAAGUCUGCCAGGCUCCAGUGUGGUCUUCCACUGGCCCAGGAAUGAUUAUGACCAGCUACUGUGUGUGCGUCUGAUGGACCUCCCCAGUUGCACGUGGUCUGGAGGUUUUGAAGUGAACAAACCCAAGUCCUUCCAUGUGAACAUGAGGGACACUCUAGGAAAGUGUUUUUUCCUGCGGGCAGAGGUCACACUGAAAGGAGCCACCUAUCAGAUCUCCUUCACUGACACAGACCAGCUGCCUCCACCUUUCAGAAUCGACAAUAUCUCAGAAGUGCCCAUUCAGUUCUGGCAGCAUGGAGUGGCAGAUAUUCAGCUCCGCACUGAGGUGAGAGCUGGAUCAGUGCUGGACUACGCCUGUGAUGAACCCACGCUGCCCCCACAUCUUACGCUGACCGUGAAGGGUGCCGGAUCCUCAGAGGUGACUGCAGACAUGAACUUCUUCAAAGAGUACAACAAGCUCUACUAUGAGAAUUUCAUCUACAUUGCAGCUACACAUACAUUCUCAGGGAGUGCUGAUGGGAGACCUGUUUUGAAGCAACACCUGCUGAGCUGUGCUGAACUUGUGCUGGAUGUGGACACCAAGACACAAAGGGUCAUCUUAAAAAAGAAGGAGCCCGGGAAGCGUUCCCAGCUGUGGAGGAUGACGGGCACGGGCAUGCUGUGCCAUGAAGGCUCCUCUCCACCACAGAGCAAGCUGGCCCACGCACGACCACUGGACUCUUCUUUGGUGCUGGACAUCACUGGACUGGCAGCAGUCAGUGACAACAGUUUUGAACCGCUAAUGCUGAAGAGGCCAGACCCGCGGCGUAGUACCACCCAGACAUGGUACUUUUCCUCAGGCAGGCUGACCUGCGGCCUUCCCCGGCUCGUAGUACAGGUGAAGUUUGGGGUUGCAGGACUGUAUGACGGAGCAGAGGUGGUGCUGGGACCAGACUCGGGGCUGCUGGAGCCCAGCCCUGAGCAGCAGUUCAUCAAUCAGAAGAUGAGACCGGGUUCUGGUGUGCUGUCAGUCCAGGUGCUGCCAGAUGGACCCACACGUGUUCUCCAGAUAAGUGAUUUCAGCCAAAGAAGAACAAUCCACACAUCAGCCAGCACGGAACAAGAAAGCAGUGGAGACGACGUGAUGAACAAAGAACCCGAACAGGAGCUCGAGGUUUUGGUGAACCUGGAAGGAGGACUGGGUGUGUCUCUUGUCAAUAAGAUGCCUGAGGAGCUUGUGUUCAUCACACUGUCUGGCAUUGAUGUGCACGUUACGCAGACUGCCACCAACGAAGUGUUGCAGCUGAGCAUUCAGAACAUCCAGGUAGACAACCAGCUGUUGGGCACCACACAGCCUGUGAUGAUGUGUGUGACUCCGGGCUCCAGUGGCAGCAGCAUCAGUGAAAGUGGCGCCGCCCUGCAGGUUAAUGCUGUCAAGAUUCCCAGUAAACUAACACUUACUGACCUCUUCAAGCACCUCAUCGUGAUGGCCCGACCCGUCACAGUCAUAAUUGAAGAAGAACUUUUGCUCAAGUUACUCAGCUUCUUUGGCUACGGACAAACACAAGCUGAGCUGGAGAAGUUUGAUGACAGCCUCCACGAGAAGCCCACUGCAACCACAGGACCACAGAAACGCUACUACUUUGAGAACCUGAAGAUCAGCCUUCCUCAGGUCAAGCUGAGUGUUUUCACCUCUCACAAGCUUCCUUUGGACCUGAAGGCUCUCAAAGGCACUCUGGGGUUUCCUCUGGUUCGCUUUGAGGAUGCUGUCAUCAACAUGUAUUCAUUCACCAGAGUGCACCCCUAUGAGACCCAAGAGAUCAUCAUCAACGAUGUGCUCAAGCACUUCAGAGAGGAGCUGAUCAGCCAGGCGGCUCAGAUCCUGGGCUCUGUGGAUUUUUUGGGAAAUCCAAUGGGGCUUCUUAAUGAUGUCACUGAAGGUGUAUCUGAGCUCAUUAAAUAUGGAAAUGUUGGUGGCUUGAUACGUAAUGUGACCCAUGGUGUGUCCAACUCUGCUGCUAAGUUUGCAGGUACAUUGUCAGAUGGACUGGGUAAGACCAUGGACAACCGCCACCAAAGUGAGCGAGAGUACAUCCGAUACCAUGGAGCCACCAGUGGAGAACAUUUGGUUGCAGGGAUCCAUGGCCUCGCUCACGGUAUCAUUGGUGGCAUGACCAGCAUCAUCACAUCCACCGUUGAAGGGGUGAAGACAGAGGGUGGAGUAACUGGUUUUUUCUCAGGGCUGGGUAAAGGUCUGGUUGGAACUUUGACUAAACCAGUAGCUGGAGCACUGGACUUUGCCUCAGAGACGGCACAGACAGUCCGGGACAUGGCUAGUCUAAGUAACCACAGACUGAGUGUCCAGCGGGUCAGGAAGCCGCGCUGCUCAAAGGGGCCUCAGGGCCUCUUGCCUCGAUACUCCUCCACACAAGCAGAUGGUCAAGAGAAGCUCUUUCAUCUGACAGACAACAUCCACUCUGAGUUUUUCAUUGCGGUGGAGCCGACUGACACCUACUGCGUGCUCAUCUCCUCCAAAGUGGUCUACUUUCUCAAACUGGGCGAGUAUGUGGACCGCGAGGCCAUCUUCCUGGAGGUAAAGUACGAUGACCUGUACCACUGCCUGGUUUCCAAGGACCACGGGAAAGUCUAUGUGCAGCUCACCAAGAAGGCUGACAGCGUCAGCAGUGGCAUAGCGAUUCCUGGCCCCUCCCACCAGAAACCGAUGGUUCACGUGAAGAGUGAAAGUCUGGCUGCUAAAAUCUCUCAAGAAAUCAACUAUGCCAAGAGUCUGUACUACGAGCAGCAGCUGAUGCUGCCCGUCAGCGAGAACGAGGACAGUUUGGUGCUGGAGUCCUGAGAGCUUGUUGUGUUGACUUUUAGCUGAGUUCAGAGUUUAUAUUUUUCUGUGGGUCACAAAGGCACCGUAACCUUUGUGUGUAACACUGACUCUGUGUGAGAUUCGAAGCUGAAGAAUCGUCUUAUCUGAUUGGCUGACAGCAGCCUGGACGCUUGUGGUGGAUUUCCAUCACACAGGAGCAGCCGUUUUGACUUUUUCUGCAGUAAACACAUUUUGUGAUUUCAUUUGAAUCAGUUUGUUUUUUUGUGUUUUUAUUAAGAUGGCUACUGCCAGAAUUUUGGCUUCCUGCCCCAAACUCUUGUACAUACUGUAUCAAUUCAGAGAUGUAGCUGAUUAUAUAAUGAGAUUUACUCAAAAAAUCUAUUUUGUGUAUCAGGUUGCAGUUUGUGUGAUGUUGUCAUGGGACACGGAGCCACACACACACAUACACGCACACACUGUUAUUGGUGGGCCUUAUUAAUCAGUGUUUCCUGCCGCCUCUGGAAUCUGGUUGGGAGUCAGACGGGACAGUCUUCCUCAGCUGAACAUAUUGUAGACUGUAUGUUUGGAAUUUAUCUCCCGCUGCUCUGAUCAGAAUGAUUUCCAACUGAUGAAGAAACUGAUUUCAUACGCUGCUUAGAUUUCUGAUACUGUGCACAAAAUUUGAACCAAAUGCAAAUAAAGCAGCUGACUUGCAACAGU